AAUUUAUUAUAAAUAGUGUUGCAUUAGUUUAAUACUUUACAGGAAAUACAUAUUUGCUGUACCUUGUUAAUAAUUUCUUAAAUUGUCAAUAGUAUGGGUGAUAAUAUUGAGGUGUGUGCUGUUUGCGGGGAUAUAUCUAUUGGCAAACAUUUUGGAGCCUUGGCCUGUAAGUCAUGUAAACCAUUUUUUCGAAGAAAUGCCCUUAAGAAUAAGGCUAAAUAAAUGUGUGGCCGUCGGCAUGAGAAAGGAAAGUAUUUUGAAUGACGAGGAGAAACAAUAUCGCAGACAAUUGAUCGAAGAAAAUAGGAAAAAGAGACUAUAUUUGAGAAAUAAUAAAAACAAACAAAAUAUGAAUGCAUUUGAAGAGAAUAUUGACACAGAAUUGGAUGAACAGAAUAUUUGUAAUAAUAACUCGUCUAAUGAUGACUGCAUUGGCUCUCAUCAAAUAGAUAGCAAUGAAUUCAUUGACGAAUUAGUCGAUUGUAAUAAUACUUGCGAUGAAAACAAUAUUAAUGAGAAUGAUUGCAGUGAUGAUAAUAAUGGUGAAGAAACUGAAUCAAUUGAUUCAAACACCAAUUCAAUUGAGUCAGCUCUACCAUUGGUGGUGAUGGGCAGUCCCACGUCAAACAUAUUCACCGAUAUGGAGGGCAUAAGACUUUUAGAGCUGUUCCGGAGUUCAGGAGCAUUUCAACGUAUUCUGGUACCACUAUCAGAGAUAACCACACAAAUUGACAAUUAUCCACAAUUGUAUCCAAUCUUGGACAAAUUCUUUGAUAAAGAGAUACGAAAUUGCAUAACGCUCUCAAAGAAUUUGAGUACUUUUGAAGUGAUGUGUGAGAAUGACAGGUUAUCCCUGGUCAAGUAUGGGUGCGUCGACAUCAUGUGCUUACGGUCAGCCGCCUAUUAUCAUAGACUCAAUGAAUACUGGACUAUAUUUUUGGAUCAGAAUCACUCAUUUCUAAUUAAACUGGAUGUAAUGAAAUAUGUGAAGAUUGAUAUGUAUUACGUCUAUAAAACACAUUUCACCAGAAUUUGCAGCGAAUGCGAUUCGGACCUG